AUGGAUGGGACGGCAACAAAAAUGAAAUCAUUUACUCAACCAAAACCAAUGAUUGAAUUGCUCCCAGGCAUAAGAAGUAUUUUAACCAAGGAUUCUAUACAAACACUCACGGCCAAGAAACAGCCUCGUAACACAAUGGCACUCACCCGCACUUCUGAAAAAGUUAAUAAACCACUUACAAUCGCUGAAAUGAAGACGCAUUUAAUGGCAUUAAAAGGUCCUCAAAGACAUCAUCAACCAAAUAACUCAGUUAAGAAAAAGAACUGGAAUUCAUCUGUGAAAGUAGACAAAACUAUCAGCCACACAGCAAAUGGACAAUUGAAGCACAACCACGUUAGAAAAAUGCUUAACUAUUCGCCAAAGCUCAAAACCCGUGUUAAUACUACUACAAAUUUUGAGACUCCAAAAUUUCAUAAACCUGAGCAAAAAGUAAAGCAAACGCUUAAUCUUCAAGGAAAAAGUAGUGUUCGCAUAAGUGGCGUUUCUGAUAUAGCUGAGACUCCAGCAAUCAAAAACAAUCCAUCAUAUAAAAAUAGAAUGACUCUUGCCAAUAAAGAGAACUAUCCAAGUCAGGCUAAUAUUAACACUAAAAGUCACACAACCCCUAAAUUUAAACCACCACUUUCGAAAAUUACUUUAGCAGAUGUACCUGACACACCAUUGUCUAAUAUAUCUUGGAAAUCUAGUUGUGAUGCAAGUUUUCUGCAAACUGAGAAAGCACUUCAAGAUAUUGAAGAUAAAACCAAGGCCUUAGAAGAAGAAAAAACGUUAGAAAAUAUAGCAGAAGUAACACCACCCGUAUCUACCCCUUUCAAAGAGUACAGGAAUGUUCGGGAGUUCUUUAAUAACACUAAUGAUUCACAGAAUUCUGCUCUUUACAAUGAUGACACUAUAAUGUCUUUUGAUAAAAUAAGUGUUUGCAAGGAAAACAGUGCAAGAGAUGCAAGUGUAAUUGUUUCUUUAUGUGAAUUGCUUAAUAAGGCAGCAGUGAAUAAUUGCGAUAAAAAGAGUUCAGAACUUGACGAUUUACUAGAAGUUGAGAAACAAACUGAACGCAAUAUUGAAAUGAUUAGACAUGGUAUUACAACAUUAAAAAAAAUAAAAGAGUCGCAAAUGAAUUCACUGCAGUAUAUAAGGAAAUUAAUUCAUGAAAAGCGUAGAAUGGCAUCUGAAAACGAAACUGAAAUUACGUGUGAUCAAACGUCUAAAGAGAUAAAGCAAGAAAUAACAGUACUGGAGAACAGUUCAUGCAGUAGUAGACCUUGUUCGGUUAUCAAAUCAUGUUCAAAAUCUCCCUCAUAUAAGAUACCAAAAAAGAAUUUGUGCUUGCGGAAUAAAAUUAUUCAUAAAUCAAUGCCUAAUGUUUCUAAUGGUUUGCACACACCACACAAAGAUACAAACAACAGAGCUCUAAGUAUUUAUAUGAAAAUGAAAGAACAGAUGAACUUUUUGAACACACCACUUGUGAAGCACAAUAAAUUGGAAGCACCAAACACGCCAGCUGUUACGUCACACAAUCUACAAAUGCAAUUAGACAAGUUAUAUAACAGUUAG